GGAUACAAACCGUAGCGCGCAGGCGCCAGAUUAAAAUUCGUGGCGGGGAGCUACGACGAAACUAACACUUCAUCUGAAACUCGGGCUUAAUAGAAAAGCAAUUUAAAACGUUUUCAAAAUCCACACCCGGAAAUGGUUGAAGGUCCGGGCUGCACGUUAAACGGAGAGAAAAUCCGCUCCAAGGUCCAAAAAGGGCAGAAAUUGAAGGAAAUUAGAGGCAGGUUGACAACAACGGCGGAAAACACCGGCGGAAGCGCCUUCCAUAGCUUCCAUGGCUGUCAGUACACUGGAGUAGAGACUCUGGGGAAGGAACUCUUCAUGUACUUUGGUCCGAGAGCGUUGAGAAUCCACUUUGGUAUGAAUGGAUCAAUCCGUAUUAAUCCUGCUGAGAGGAAGGAGAGGGUGGCCCUCGCACCAGUGCUGGAAAUACACCUGACUAAUGACAUUGUGUGCUUCUUUGACAGCACUGUAGAAAUAAGGUUGACAAACGACUGUGAAGAACGAGUAAAGGUGAUGGAGACUCUGGAUGUAUGCUCCCUUAAGUUCAGCUUCUCCCACUCUGAGAAAGCAGUGAAGAGCCAGAAAAGCAGGAUGCUCUGUGACGUUCUCCUAGACCAGGCCGUCAUGCCAGGAGUCGGCAACAUCAUUAAAAACGAAGCCCUGUUUGACUCAGGCCUCCACCCAGCCGUGAAGGUUCACCAGUUGACAGAUGAGCAGAUCCACCACUUGGUCAAGAUGACGCGUGAUUUUACUUUACUGUUCUAUAAGUGUCGCAAAACUGGCUCUCCUCUCUACAAACAUUACAAAGUCUACAAGCGUCCCCAGUGCAGCCAGUGCUUUCAUGUCAUCACAGUCUGUCGUCUUGGAGACAAUGGAAGGAUGACUUACUUCUGCGAGCGCUGUCAGAAAGCAGAUCCCAGCGGAGUUGACAUCAGUAAGCUGCCAGUUAGAAACAGUCUGAUCGGCUGGAUAUACAAUGAAAGAGUCAACGAUAAUGUGGCAAAGAAGGAGGAAGAGGACUGGGCCUGUCAACUCUGCACGCUCAUCAACCUACCCACAGCAAAAGCCUGUGACGCCUGCCUAACUCCAAAGCCUGCGGACCACAAAGACGUCAUUAGCACUGAGGCAUCACCCUUCACCGGCGAUUUGAUUAAGUACCCCUGCACUUCCUUCAGGAAGCCACAAGAGGAGCUCAAAGUCAACUGGAGGUCUGCAUUUGGGACUUCCACCCUUGUUUUCUCUGACUUGAGCAAGAAGCCAAAGCCGGUAAACUCCCCCCUCUCCUCGGCCGGCAGUCAUUUGAAUUCCUUGGCGGCAGAGCGAGGUUUAUAUAAAUACAGCAUCUGCCAAGGGACAACAAGUCCCAAUUAUGCCUCUGGUGGCUGGCAGAAGCAAAGUGCUGAGUUCUCCAAUGGGGAAUCACUGGCCUCCUACAGUCACCCAUCCAAGAAAAUGAGAAUUGAUCACAGUCUCUUUCCCAGUAACAAUGCUCAAAAUGGAACCCCCAACUCAGGUUCAUGCAAACAAGCAGCGACAAACCACAGUCCACCAGUUUGUUCCAGUCCCACUGCUCCUUGUUGUGCAUCCCACGGUCGCCCAGCUGUACUCCGAGUGGUCCACAAAGAGGGGGAGAACAAGGGACGACAGUUCUACGCCUGUUCACUUCCCAGAGAGACCAAGUGUAACUUCUUUGAGUGGGCAGACUUGCACUUUCCUUGUUGUCACCAUGGGAAACGCUGUUUAACGAGGACUGUGCUGAAACUAGGACCAAACAAUGGCCGGAAUUUCUACACCUGCAGCUUUCAAAAGGGUAAACAGUGUGACUUUUUUCAGUGGGCAGAGAAUAGAGCGGGCAUGUCUGCCCUUCCUGGCAGUUAAUGUGUUUAGAAAUACAUUAUUUCAAAAUGAAACCUGAAGUCAUAUGUCCUCUGUCUGCCAUAUAAAUGGACGAAGGUUGAAUGACUCAUUAUCUUUAUGACUCUGUGCAGAUUUGUCCAUUAUAACAUUUAAGGGACAAGACAUAAUUACUCAAAUAUACAAUUUUCAGAUAAUUUCCAGCCACUUUGUUUAAACUGUAACACUCAUCAAUUAUGGGGAAAGUCUGCUCUAAUAAAGAUGAAAAAAGCUAACAUACAGUAAAAUGAAAGUGAUUAAUGUUUUCUUUUUGUAAUACAAUUUUAUUUCUAAAUUAAAUUCAUUAGCUCAAAAUACA